CUAAACAGACAGGUUGCGGCAAGUUGAGGCGGGAGCACAUUUCCUUCAGGUUUUUCUUUGGUUCUUCUUCAAUCGCAUCAAUCUUAGAAUUCAGUCGAGAAUAUGGAGCUAGAUAGAGUGCACUGGGAUGAUUCCAUGAUUGUCAGAGCCAUGGAUGAAGCAAUGUUGAAGUAUAAGACAAUGCAUGGAUAUGAAGUCCGCCGUGUUUCAGCCGAGGGAGGAGGCGUUUUUAAGGGUUGCGGUAAGAGUGACGAACCAAGAAGGAGUGUAGAUGAAGAGAGCUAUAUUGGAGCAAAUGAUGUUAUGUUUGAAGUCAAUGAGACUACAAAUACCUCAGAAGCUAAGGAAAAUAUCAGUGUAGAGCCAUGUCCUAUAUCUUGUACAGAUUUUUCAGCCGCCCUAUAUGUGAAAGAGACGGAACAGGAGACCGUUGAGGACUCCAAUUUAAAUCUAAAAGGUGAAGAUGGCUAUAACGAGCUACUCAAGCAGUAUUACGAGCUUGAGGAGAAGAGGCAGAAGGUUCUAGAACAGCUUUAUCAAUGUGGUGCUGGUGGUUGGAACUACCAGGAUGUCGGUGCAGGGUCUGACAUUGGAAAUCAAUGGGGAACAUCUGCUGCUUAUCAAGAACACCCAGUCUCUGCAAGCCAACCUUCUCUUAACCAGACAAUACCGUCUUACUCGCCCUCCAGUUAUCCAAUUUCAGCUGGUCCUCAAAGUUCGUCCCAUGCUGAUGGUGACAUAAUCAAAACUGCAAUGGAUUCUGCAGCAAGAGCUAUAUCGUCCAUAAAGACUGUAAAUAAAGUUCACAUAGAGAAAGAAAGCGAGGGACAUGAUGGGAUAAUGCCUCAAAGGGGUGCUAGCUCUGAAACAGACCUUACUACUGUGUUAAAUGCUUGGUAUUCUGCAGGCUUCUACACUGGCAAAUACCUUGUGGAGCAAUCUCAGGCCAAGAAAUGAUGAACACCAGGCUCAUCUUACCAAUUUCCCCCACUUUUGAUACCCACCCAUGGCAUAUGUGUGCUAUGAGUUUGAAUUUUGAUCUAAAUGAGUUUGAAUUUGGCUCUGAUCAAACUAUAGUUCAACUAGUUAAGACAUAUAUUCUCGACCAAGAGGUAAGUUUGUUCAAUCUUUUCAUUCCACGUGUUGUU